AUGGCCAGUUGUGUGCUUGCGUCAACUUGGGUCUCCGUUGACUUCGCUGCCGUCUCCACCUCCGCAUCCGCCGCCGACGCUGCCUCAUCUCUUGACAGGAACAACUAUAGCCUUCUUGACGUAAUGGCCUAUAGAUUGGCCAGCUGUACACAGCAUGGCCUGGUAGAAGACAAUUCAAAUCUUGUUGAGGACCUGCUGACAAGCCUUGUGGAGGUGAUUGUGGAUGUUCCCUUGGUAGACUUAACAUAUGCUCUUCAUCAUGAAGCCACCACAACACUCCUCAUCCUCACUUCAUCAAUUGUUUUUACAUCAUCAAAAGUUUGUCAUCUGUCGAUAUUCAGAAUGUUAAUGACAGGCCGGGCUUCCAUCCAUGCUUGUCUGUUUGUGAAAACUCUUUUAAAACGUUUUAUGGCACAAGACAAACCACCAGCCAAAGAUGAUGGGGGGAGUCUUGUUCUUGGACUUGCUUCAGGGCUGUGGAAUGUGCUGACAAUGGGGUUAGCUGGAAGUGGAGAAGACACCACAAAAAAGGGCCCAGAGUCUCCCCUGGCUUCACAAAGUGUGCUACUACUAUUAGUGUUGGCCAACCACUGCACAGCUGAUAGAAAUAUCAGAAAUCCAUAUCGCCAGGCGUUGUUACAUGCACAGAAUUUUCAUGAUCCAGCUGAGAGCACUCCAACUCAGGCAGUUGCAACAUUCAAGCUAGAAUUUGCAACUCUGUACAAGACCCUUUAUUCCCACCUUCAUGAUGACCAGACCACGCUACUGCUCUACCUCCUUCUUCACAAGAACGAUGACUUUCGCACUUAUGUCUUGGCAAGAACAGACAUGGAAAGCCUAGUCCUUCCCAUCUUGCAUACCCUCUAUCAUGCCCCAGACAGCACCUCACAUCACAUCUACAUGUCUCUCAUCAUCCUGCUCAUUUUGUCAGAAGACGACUCCUUUAACAAGACUAUACAUGAUAUUCCCUUAAAGAAUAUCACCUGGUACACAGAAAGACUGAUCAGUGACAUAUCGCUGGGUGGCCUCCUCAUUCUAGUGGUCAUCAGAACCAUAACAUAUAAUAUGACAAAAAUGAGGGACAAGUAUCUACAUACAAAUUGCCUAGCUGCCCUCGCUAAUAUGUCAAGCCAGUUUCGGUCUCUCCACCCUUAUGUUUGCCAGCGUUUGGUCAGCCUUUUUGAAACUUUGGCCAAGAGACAUGCUCGGCUUUGUGAGUCUCUCAGGCACACAGAAGAUCUUCUUGAUGAGGCAGACAGUGAUAUGCCAGAUGCACUAAGUGAUGUAAGUGUGCUGGAAGAAGUGCUGAGAAUGGUGCUGGAGAUCCUGAACUCGGUGCUAACUCAUCAGCUCUCUCACAACCACAACCUGGUCUACACUCUCCUGUACAAACGACACCUCUUCCAGCCUUUCUCCACACACCCCAAUUUCCAGGAUGUGACACAGAAUAUUGAUGUUGUAUUAGCGUACCUCAUGGGCCGCCUGGAGACAACCAAGCGUGAUCCAGGAGUCCAGGAUGUUCAGGAAGUCAUCCAGCAAGGUGUUCUCCACCUGCCCAAAGACCGCCUUAAGAAGUUCCCAGAGCUCAAAUUCAAGUAUGUCGAAGAGAGUGAGCCAGAGGAGUUUUUCAUCCCUUACGUGUGGACUCUAGUAUACCAUGGAUCAGGGAUUUACUGGAGGCCUGACACUAUCUCCAUGUUUGAUCCAUCACAGCCAGAUGGAUAAUGUCUUUUUACAAGCCCCUUUUUAUUUGUUGCUACAUGGCUGAUGUCAGUUUGAUGUACAUUGUUUUAUGAUGUUUUGUACUCUAAAACUGUAUUCCUAAAUGCUUAUCA